AUGCAGGCUACACCUCUCUCUCAGCUGGUCCUGGUGCUAUGGACAAUGGGGACCCUGCUUGGGGCCAGGACCCCUGGAAAAGAGGCCUUGCUUGGGGAGCCCUCUGCAGGUACUGAGGGUCUCAUAUUCCACAAAGACUGGGACUGGCCAGCUCCCCAGGUCUGGCCACCAAGGAGCCAGCAAGACCCCCUGUGCCUGGUGACACUGAGCGGAGGCAUCAACAGCAGUAGUGCACCCCUGCUGGUGGUGGGAGCCCUGAGGGGCUAUGAACAAGCCUUCCUGGAGGCCGUGCAUCGGGCCCACUGGGGGCCUCGUGACCUGGCCACCUUUGGCAUCUGCACCCCCAGCCAUGAGCAUGCUGCCCUGCCCCCUCUGCGGUGGCUUCGAAAGUGGCUGGGGGAGCCCCGAGGGCAACGGCUGGUAAUCCUGCACCUGGAGGAAGUGACGUGGGAGCCAACACCCUCGCUGAGGUUCCAGGAGCCUCCACCUGGAGAAAUCAGCCCCCCUGAGCGGGCGCUGCUGGUGCUGUACCCCGGCCCCGGCCCAGAGGUCACUGUAAUGGGGGCCGGGCUGCUGGGCACCCAGAGUCUCUGCCUAUCCCGGGACACCAGCUACCUGGCGCUGGCUGUGGAUCAUCCUGCGGGGGCCUGGCACGGCCUGGGUCUCGCGCUAACUCUGCGGCACCGCAGAGACGGUGCACCCCUGAGCACCGCCCAGCUGCAGGCGUUGCUGUUCCGCUCUGACUCCCGCUGCUUCACUCGUAUGACCCCGGCCCUGCUCCUGUUGCCGCGACCAGGGCCCGGGCCCACGCCCAUGCCUGCGCAUGGUCAGGUGGACGUAGUGCCCUUCCCGUCUCCCAGUCCGACCUGGGAGCUGGAGGAGCCGCUGCCCAGCGCCGACCCCUUCCUGGAAACGCUCACGCGCCUGGUGCGAGCGCUGCGGGGGCCCCAACCCCGGGCAUCGCCAUUGCACCUGGCCCUGGACCCUGCCGCACUGGCCAGCUUCCCGCAGGGCCUGGUCAACCUGUCCGACCCUUUGGCGCUGGAGCGCCUGCUUGAUGGCAGCGAGGAACCCCUGCUGCUGCUGCUGCCGCAGCCUACCACUGCCACCGCUGGGUACCCCACGCCAAUGCAGGGCCCCGUGUCCUCGCCGUGGGUGGUGGAUCUGGCGCAACGCGUGGCUGUGGAGCUGCAGGCGGCUGCCGCUGAGCUGCGCAGCCUCCCAGGGCUACCACCCACCGCUCCACCACUACUGGCACGCCUGCUUGCGCUGUGUCCUGGGGACUCGGGGGACCCAGGCAGCCCCGGUGGCCAGCUGCGCGCGCUGCUACUGCUAAAGGCGCUGCAGGGCCUGCGCACCGAGUGGCGCGGGCGGGAGUGGAGCGGGCCGGCACGGGCACAGCGCAGUGCUGAGGCUGGGAUCGUGGAUGGACCGUGUACGUUGCGUGAGCUGAGCGUGGACCUGCGUGCCGAGCGCUCCGUACUCAUCCCCGAGACGUACCAAGCCAACAACUGCCAGGGCACAUGUGGUUGGCCGCAGUCCGACCGCAACCCGCGCUAUGGCAACCACGUGGUGCUGCUGCUCAAGAUGCAGGCCCGUGGGGCUGCCCUGGCACGCCCGCCCUGCUGCGUGCCCACGGCCUACGCGGGCAAGCUGCUUAUCACUCUUUCAGAGGAGCGCAUCAGCGCGCACCACGUGCCCAACAUGGUGGCCACCGAGUGCGGCUGCCGGUAA